GCUGCCCGCGCCACAAAGUAAUUUUCGGAAUUUCAAUAUUAUUUUCCAAAAUACUAACGUAUUUGACGGUUAUUCAAUUGUACCAUUGCCACACAAAGAUAGCAUAAUGUCUAAAGAAUCUGAAAAUUAUGUUGUGUCGACUGUAGACCUUGUGUUACCUAAGCAAGUUGUGGAUUGUGCUCACAAAAUGUUACCGAAUACGCAGUUCAAGUUGAUUGCCAUGGAUCAGAGGGAAAACACCACAUCGGAGAUUAAGUUGUUCAAACAGGGUGACGAGUCUGUGAAGAUAAAUAUAGUGGUGAAAGGACGUAAGGUAAAGAUUCACCAAGAUGACACACCCAAAGAUGUUCAGGAAACCUCAGAACACAAUGUUGAAGGUGAUGCUGAUGAAUGCGAUGUUGGUAAAGACCAGUCACCAACGCCUGAAACAUCUACAGGUGAUGCCUCAUCGGUGCGGAGAUCUGGUCGGAAACGUAAAGCAAGUGCUGUGAUACGGCAAGCAGGUAUAGCAUCCCUUUCUGAGACAUUUGAUGAAGAAGAUGACAUUGAACCGCCCUCUCCAUCUACCCCACAGGCAACUCCAACUAAGAAACCUCGUAAUAUCUCCACCCAUACUGUAGUACAUGAUAAGGACAGUGAAGUUAAUGAAGCAGUCGCUGCAGCUGAAAAUAUACAUGGACAUGGUCCAGAGUUUAUAGUACGCGAAGACGAUGAGGUUGAUAUGCCAAUGGGUGCUGGUGCAUCACCACGCAUCCAACAGAACUCAAAAUGUAAAAUGUGCGCUAAAAGCUUCAAGAGUAUCUGGAUGUUUAACAAACAUCUUGAUGAUGUACAUGUAGAUGACCCAGGUUUCGCAGAGUAUAAAAAUGAGAUUGAAGUUGAGCGUAAAUUAACAAUGAAAAAACCAUCAUACAAACGUGAAUUCAACGUUCCAUGUAAGUUUUGUAAGAAGUUGUUUAAAGAGGAAGCAAGUGUACUUGAACAUACCAUAAUGAAGCACAGUGAGGAAGAAUUCUUUGAGGAAUACCAAGAGGAGCUUAAGGAAAGAAUGAAGAGCACCUGUAUUGAGUGUGGCAAAGUGUUAAGCAGUCGCUACCUGCUGAAGCAGCAUCUACAUUUGAUACACGAGAUACGUGAACCUCAACAAUGUCAGAUAUGUGGUAAUUAUUAUAAAGAUUCUGAGAGACUUCAGCUUCAUAUUAAGAGGACCCAUGAGACUCCUGCAGGUCGGCAUUUAUGUCAUCUCUGUCCCUUGGGCUUCAAGCACCCAGAGUAUCUUAAAGACCAUGUCAACAGUGUUCAUUAUAAAAACUGUAAACAGACUUGUAAUAUAUGUGGCAAGGAACUAGCCUCCAAACGAAUACUACGUUCACAUAUGAAAACUCACUCUGAUCAAAAAGAUUUCCAGUGUGGUGAAUGUGGUCGAGAGUUUAAUGUGCGUCGAAAUCUUCUCCGUCAUAUUAUGUUAGUCCACAAGCGUAAUGAGAUUGACUUCAUGUCCUGUCCCCAUUGUGAACGAAAAUUCAGUGCGAGAAGCAACUUGGCUCAACAUAUUAAAACAGUCCAUGAGGGCCAAGGUGGUAAAAUGAUUUGUGAAAUCUGUAAUCUGAAAUUUCGUCGCAAAGCUGAAUUUGACCUCCAUAUGUCUAACCAUAGCACUCAGUCACGUAACUUCAAGUUGAUGACUGUUGGUGGUAAAGAAGUUACCGCCGUCAAUGAGGGCCAACCACUCUACAUUCAGAUGGUAAUGGAUGAAUCAAACCCAGAUUCUUCGGAAAAGGUGUUUUACACUGUUAACAUGGAUAAUCCAGAAAAUCCAGGAGAGACAAUAGUUGUAGAAAAUGUAGAAAGUCUGCCUGUGAGUGAAGAUGCAAAUGGAAUUGAAAGCGUUCAUAUUCUAGAAAAUGGGGAAGAAGUCCAUAUGCCUGAAGGGGCACAGAUGAUUCAGCAACCAGAUGGAAGCAUCCAUUAUACCAUUCCCAAUUCUGUUAAUCUAUCAGAGGAAACAAUUGCUAACUCAAUAGCACCAUCAAUUUCUUCUGAAAGUGUGGUAACUACGGAAACUGCUACUCAAGAUGUUGCAGCCAUCUUGUCCAGUUUAGGUGGUGCAGCGAGUGGAGUUAAUGUUGAGGAUGCUAAUACAGCAGCCAAUAUCCUUGCAGAUAUAAAUGCUGAUAUGGAUACCCAGACAGGAGUACUUCUAGCAAUGAAAGACUCUGAUGAAAAAGUUAUUUUGGUGUCUGAUAUCAAUCAAGUAUGAAUUGUCUCAGGACAGAAACCUGUAAGAUAAACAUAAUCAAAUGGGUAUUGGAAGCUAUAUUGGAAAAAUUAACUCUCAUGAACUUGUUUCAUCAGCUUGUGCACGCUGGCUUGACAGUCAGUAGUGGUAGUCUCCUUUAGUAGAUGCCUUCCUUCUACAUAGACAUGGGAUUGAAAUAUAUAUUGUAUUUAUUCUACAUGUAUAUAUAUUUGCAAGUUUUCACUACAAGUUGUUAUGGUAUAAUGUUAUAAUUUAUGCAUAGAAUGAAUGUAUAAAUCUGAUAGUGUAAUAUAAAUGAAGGCAGUAAUGUAUUUUAUGUAUAAAUUAGAGGUUUGAAUUAUUGAACAAUACUCGAGUACAUUCAUGGGAUUAGUCGAUUUGACAGCUUGAAGAUCUGUAAAUAUAUAAAGGUACCUUGUUGGACACAAUACGUGACCACUGAUAUUUGAUUUGAUUUGAUAAAUUCAUGUACGAUGUACUGUUCAAUGAUGAUACAUUUUGUUCUACAUACAUGUUACUUUGUAUAUAUCUAUAUGAUCUAUAUGACCAUUCUGUUGUAUAUGACUGCUAUUUGUUAUGGGUAUGUUCGUGUCAAAAUAAGAUUAUUUUGCCCUUGUUAUGUACCUACAGUGUAUAAGUAAAAUAGUCAGUGAAACAGUUUGAAGUUCUCUGACAUGACAUGAUUGACUUCAUGUCGAUGAGGUGAUAUUACCUUUAUAGCGGAACACUACUGGUCCUUAGGGUGUUCCACGAACAAAGGUUUUACUGUAGUUUGAUUGAAAAAAAUUCUUGACGAUUUUGCUAGAAAGUUAGCAAGGAAGUUAGUGAGGAAACUGUCCUCGUAUAAACAAUAUCCUGUACAUAAUGUGUAUGAAUUGAUUGAUUGAAUUUAGAGUGAUUUAUUAU